AUGUCUGGCUUUGAGGUCGUCGGAGUUAUUUUGGGCGUCUUGCCGCUUGUGCUGAAGGCUGGAAAAGAGCUCUAUCUAGGCGGCGGACUGCUCAAAGAUUGGUGGCGGUACGAGCAGACAUUUAACGACUUCAUCAACGACAUCGAUUAUGAAUACUACAGGCUUGAAGCUCUUGUUAGAACCCUCUUGAAUCCGCUUCCGAUACCAGAUGACAGGAUCGAGCUGCUCUUGCAGGCCAACGGAGAAUGUUGGAUGGAUUCCACGCUGCAGCAGGAACUCCGCGAACGACUGGGGGAUAAUUACAUCCGUUUCAUGCAGACUUUGGAGGAUCUGAAAUUCGUGGUGUUUGAGAUGAUUGAGAUCCUACCGAUCGAAGAUGGAAAGGUCAACAUGGUCAACAAAAGUAAAUUGCGCAGGGAACUUGACCGAAUCCAUCAUGUUCUGUCAAGGCGCAAGCCAGAGCUCUUAUCACAAAUGAAGAAGAAUAACGACAGACUCAAGGAGAUCCUGGAGAUCGGGGUUAUCCGCUCGGCCUAUAGCAGGAACCCAAACGUCUCCAACAAAACAAUCGCCACGUCAAGGAAGCUCAAGGCUUUAGCAGCCCGGCGAAAUCAAGUCAAAGCUCUUCACGGCGCUUUGGAGCGGUCCCUGCAAUGCGACCACACCCAUAGCCAUAGACUUGGGAUCUCCCUACAAUCUAUUCAAGGUACCAAAAAUGACUUGGACUCCAUCGCACACAAGCUCCUCUUACGUGAAUCUCCGCCGAUGAUUUGCAAAGCCCAGACACACUCCACGGAAGAUACACCAGCAACCGAGACAAAGUCUCCAUCAUUUGCAAACAACAUCCUUGAAAUAAAGCAGCAGAACAUGAUGAAGAAGGCGACCGGAGCCAAGAGCUAUAAAACCAUCAAAAAGGGCCUAGGUUCGAUCUUUAAAGUUGUCAACUUAAAAGUCCGUGCCUCCGAAGAGCCCAACAUCCAAGGAAUCCCCAAUCCAAAACAUAGAGUAGACAAGGGGGUCCGCUUCCAACCUCCACAGAGACGUUGCUCAAUCUCACUCUCUAGAUACCCAUUAAUAAAGGAUCUUUGUGCUAGCAUUCAUUCCAACUCUGCGGAGCCUUUUGCGGGAUACUUCUCGAUGGAGGCUCAGACAAGCUUGAUACUUUCCCAAGAGAAGGACGACUUAACACCACACGAGACAUUGAGUCUUGCGGAGGUCAUGUCUGGCGAACUUCCUCCCAAGUCGCAGAGGUUUCAACUAGCUCAUUUGUUGGUCAGUUCUCUCCCUGAGCUUCAAGGAACAAAUUCGUGGAUUGGUGGUCGUUGGAGCCUGGAGCAUAUCCUUAUCAAGAAACAAACUGAAUUCGGGACCAUCAACACAAACGGGGGAUUCUUCAUCCGCGAGUAUUUACAUCAACAACACGGGGCCCAAACCACAAAGUUCCUUGGCACAAAACAAAGUCUUUUUUGCCUAGGAGUCGUUCUCUUAGAGCUUUCAUUUGGCCAGAAACUUGAAUCGCACCCCCUCCGCCGGAUGUUUCUCGAUAACGGCCGGCCAAACGAUUUCACGGACCUUUGUACAGCCAAAAAAUGGCAGGAGAAGGUGGAAGAAGAAUUCGGAUAUGACCUUGCAGAAGCUAUUCGUCAUUGUAUCGAUAGUGAUCUGGGGCCGACGCCUGACUUUGACGAUGAUGAGUUUCUGGACUGUGUUAUUACAUACGUUGUUGAGCCUGUGCAGACUUUUGCCUCGUUAUGGGUGCGUUAG